AUGGCGUGUACUCUCCGCGCAAGACGUCGCUACGACCAGGCGCAGUCUCCGCAUACCAGCCACCCUCGUCUCUAUCACCUUGGGGUUGUGUUGCACGACAUGUUCACGGGACAGCGCACCCGGCAGACUGGCUUUGAUAUAGACGGACCCGACGAGGUCCACUACCCCACAAGACCUGUGGACAAGGAUAAGGCUGAGGCCGAGCUUGUGGUGAACAUCAAGAAGGCUACAAAUCCAGAUGAGACCGCUCCGAAGCAGAAACACGUUCGGAAAUGCAUCGUUUACACAUGGGACUAUCACUCCUCGAUAUCAUUCUGGACCGGUCUUCGUGUGCAGCCUAUUCUGUCUGACGAAGUCCAGACGUUUAAAGCCCUCAUAAUGGUUCAUAAGGUGCUUCAAGAAGGUCAUCCUGUGACAAUAAAAGAAGCACACGGUCAGACUGGAUGGCUGGAGACUUGUGCUCGGACUGUGGGACACGAGAGUCCCCGAGGUUACGGCCCGUUGAUUAAGACGUAUGUGCAGUUUAUCUUAGCGAAGUUGCGAUUCCAUCGCUUGAGACCGGAAUUCAACGGUCUGUUCGAGUACGAGGAAUAUGUGACUUUGAAGGGCAUCGACGAUCCGAAUGAAGGUUAUGAGACCAUUUCCGAUCUCAUGGGUUUACAAGACCAGAUUGAUUCGUUUCAAAGGAUGAUUUUCGCUCAUUUUCGUCAUUCCGCGAGCAACGAAUGUCGCAUUUCUGCACUAGUUCCUCUUGUGAAAGAGAGUUGGGGUAUCUACAGAUUUAUCACGAGCAUGCUGAGAGCCAUGCAUCGAAGGACAAACGAUAUCGAAGCUCUGGAGCCCCUUCGACAGCGUUUUAGUUCACAACAUUAUGCACUUCGGAAGUUCUACUAUGAAUGCUCCAAUCUCAAGUAUCUUACUGGUCUCAUUAACGUUCCCAAACUCGGUGCAGAACCUCCUAACCUGAUGGAUAACGGUAAUGCUCCCGAUCUUCCUGCUCGACCGAAGAGCACAGUCGUUGCGACGCCACCACCGCCUGUUACUCCAUCGCCCGAUGCCGCAGCCGUUAGCGAGCAAGCACGUAUGUUGAAGCAGUACGAGGAACAGCAGGCUGCUCUGCUCGCUGCCCGUGAAGCCGAGGAACGUCGUCGUCGCGAAUUGGAGGAACAGCAGCGCCGCGAAUUUGAGCAAAGGCAGGCAGAACAAGCAGAGAAGGAGCGCCUCGCACAAGAGCAGCUCAUGCAGCAGCAGAUGAUGCAGUACAACAACCAGGCAGCUGCACAGGCUGCGCAGCAGGUGAAUGAAUUCCAGAGGGAGCUGCUCGCCAUGAGAGGCCAGUACGAGCGAGACCAGCUAAUGCUCGAGCAGUAUGACCGGCGAGUCAAAGCUCUUGAGGGAGAGCUCAGCAGUGUUACUGCCAACAUCAACUCCCAGAUGCUGUCGAAGGAUGAGUUGAUCAAACAGUUGCAAGACCAGGUCACUCUGUGGCGUAACAAAUACGAGGCCCUUGCCAAGCUAUAUAGCCAACUACGCACGGAGCAUCUCGACAUGUUGUCUAAGUUCAAGCAGAUGCAGUUGAAGGCCAAUUCGGCUCAGGAAGCAGUCGACCGCAUGGAGAGGAUGGAACGAGACCUGAAGGCGAAGAACCUGGAGUUGGCGGACAUGAUACGGGAGCGUGAUCGUGCGCGCUUUGAUUUGGAUCGUCAGAAGGCCAGCCAGAAGGACGAGGUGGACAGACUGAAGAGGGAGAUCAACUAUGCUAACGAACGAGCCGAGGAUGCCUCGCGGUCAAAGAGUUCUGAGGUAUCAGGCGUGUUAUCCAAGUAUAACCGUCAGCUGACGGAGCUGGAAGACUCCCUGAGGGCCAAGCAGCUUCAGAUUGAUGAUCUGCUUCACAAGCUUGACAACGCGCACGGGGACGUAGAACGUCUCAAAGACGAGAAGGACCAAGAAAUCGCGAUCCUGCAGGAGGGCAUGGACAGCACGAUCCAGCAGCUCUCUGAGGCUCAGCAGAAUCAAGGUAUCUCGGAGGAAGCGACGAACACUCAGAUCGACACUCUCAUUUUGGAUAACAGGAAGAAGCUCAAUCAAAUCAUUGACUCCAUCCUCCAGGCAUGCGUACACAAGGUUGAUGAAUCCAUCUAUGAGCUGGAGUCUCCGGCGCAAGCUGGAAACCUGAACUCAACCCCAGAGUACACGCUCUCCAUGAUUGAAAAAGCUAUCAACAAUGCCACCGAGUUUGCUACAAUAUUUAAUGCGUAUCUCGGAGGAGAGCUUGGCGGCGAACACGUUGAGGUGAUCAAGGGGGCUAACGAGUUGGCGCAAUCAGUGUCGGAUGUGCUGGUUAACACCAAGGGAAUCACUCGUCUUGUCAGCGACGACGUGUCCGACAAGUUGGUCAACGUUGCGAAGAAUGCUGGCGAUGUCUGUCUGCGGGCAUUCCUCAACCUGCAAUCAUAUAAAUUGGAUCUUCUUCCUCAACUCUCACAACGGAAAGACGUUGCAAUGCGCAACAAUGGAGAAAUUCGCAGUGCCCUUACGAAAGUGUCGGAAUCGGUCGACUCGCUUGUGCCAAAGGGUGGCAAGGCAGGCGCGUUGGCGAAGGCCAACGGAGAUAUAGGAGACAUCGUGGAACAGGAGAUGUUGGGAGCAGCCAAGGCCAUCGAGGCCGCUACAGAGCGUCUGCAGGAACUCAUAUCGCGUCCUCGCGAUUCCAGCAGGUUCAGUGCCGUUGACCUUCAAGUGCACGAUUCAAUCUUGGCGGCGGCCCUCGCUAUCACGAAUGCCAUCGCUCGGCUCAUCAAAGCUGCCACAGAAUCCCAACAGGAGAUCGUCACCCAGGGCAGAGGUUCAAGCACGACUCAGCAAUUCUACAAGCGCAAUAACCGUUGGACGGAGGGUCUCAUCUCUGCCGCUCGUUCGGUCGCAUUUGCCACCAACCUGCUCAUCGAGAGUGCUGAUGGUGUCCUAUCUGGGACACAUUCCCUCGAACAACUCAUCGUCGCGUCCAACGAGGUUGCAGGUGCCACUGCUCAGCUAGUUGCUGCGUCACGCGUUAAGGCAAACUUGAUGUCGAAGACUCAAGAGCGACUGGAGCUGGCUGCCAAGGCUGUCACCGAGGCGUGCAAGGCGUUGGUGAAACAAGUGAAGGCCAUAUCUGCCAAGCAAUCACAAGAGGAAGAUGUUGAUUACAACAGCAUGGCCGGUCUGGACUUCAAGAGGCGCGAGAUGGAGCAGCAGGUCGAGAUUUUGAAGUUAGAGAAGGACCUUGGUGCUGCUCGCCAUCGUCUGGGUGCGAUGAGGCGGGCGGGUUAUCACACAAACGAAACAGAGUAA